AUGUCCAGCAAACGAUCCUCGAGAAAUCAGGCGAAAUCAAAGCCAUCUCCUGAGCAAGUACCUGGUGUUGGGACAUCGCGCAAAGAUGAAAUUAUCGUGGUGCUAGGGCGUGCGGGUUCUGGAAAGAGUACGUUUGUACAGAUGGCAACCUCCGUGCCGCAAGAGAUAUCCAACAACAACAGCUCCCUGAAAGCGACGACCACUUCGGUGAAUGUCGUCCGCGCGAAGGCGUCGAAUGGCGACGAGGAAAGUGGAGACAGAACGGUCAUCAUCGAUACUCCUGGAGUGGAGAACGAUAUCCUCUUGGACCAACCUAUGUUCGUGGAAGUCGGCGAGAAGACUAAAACAAAGCCUCCCGUUCGAAUCGCCGGUAUCAUCUAUUUCAUCCGGAUCGAACAUCAUACUCCCCCAACAGCAAUAUCAGCCGCGUUUAGUAGCAUCAAUCAGUUCCGGGGCCAGUUCCCGAAUCGGUUCGACAAGAUGGUCGUUUUCGCUUUGUGGAAAGCGGGCAACCACCCAGACGAAGACAGAGCUUACGUGGAUGUAGAGCGGGCGGUCGAUUCGGAGAGGAAGAAGAGAGAAACGAUGGCUCUCAUUACAAGCAAGGACUGGGACAUGACUGUAGAGUCUGCGGUGGCAAUCCUGAACGAGUUCAAGCACAUGCCAACUCAAGAUACGAACGGGAGGAUAUCAAUACUACAAAGGAUUUUGGCGUUGCUCAAGAAGUUACUAGGUGAGAAGCAGAAAAGUCGGGAAACGCCUAGGGACUUCGUCGUAGUCGUUAUCGGUUCAAAGACGUCGGGCAAGGCGAAGUUCGUGGAUGGCUUGUUGAGUGCAUCUGCCAAGACUCAACGGGCAGUGAAGACGAAGCGACGGAUAACGACACAGGUAGAGGGGCGUCGUAUAGCCAUCAUUAACAUCGACUUGAGCCCCAAGGUAGAUCACAAGAGUCUAGUUCGAAGCUUCAAGAGAAGAAUUGGAAAGGGACGGCUGGCAGGCGAAGACGAGGAUUAUUGA